CUUAUAUAUCCGCAUACGUGAUCAUGUCAUGCAGGGCAGUAUAUUGAAAACAUAGGUAGCACCGCGCACGCCCAGCAAUCAACAUGCUCUCGGCGCUUCUCUCUUCAUCCCUACGCCGUUGCGACUCCCAUAAACGGAUUAUAGCAUGUAUUCACCACGUGUCUAGCAUCCUUUCCGGCGGGAGCAUUGGCGUUUGGCACUCGCCUGCCACUGGAUGUAAGAGCCUCGUAACCGGGGUGUCUAUUGGAGCGCUCGCAAAUGCAAAAGAUGAAUUAUGGCACCAAGCGGAUACAUAUCAGCAGCGAUGCUGCCUGGCCACUUUCGCCAGCAACACCUCAAGAAGUCCGAGCGAUGCUCCAGACCUUCCCUCGCUGGCACGCCUGAUCAAGCGGUAUACGCAGUAUUGGGCAGCUAAACGACAAUGGGGGGACUGCGCUGCUGCCUUUUCAAGAGCCGCACAGCUCUGCGACCGCCCUGCCGAGCACCUCCUCAUCCGCGGCCCACUACGCGAGCUGGCCGCCGCCUUCAAGCCGCUGGUACCUCAGCUGCACGACCCCGCUGCUGCCGUACAGCUGCUCCGCGCCCUCACCCGCGCGCACGCGCACGCCGUACCGCACUGCGCGGGCGAGCUGGCGGAGGCGCUGGUGGGGCGGCUGGGGGAGCAGCGGGGAGCCCUGCUGAAACAGCUGCGAGACGGGCUGAGCAACAAGAGUGGGAAGGCUGCCUGGAGGGAGGACAGGGACAGGGACAGAUACAAGGACCGCAGGAGUGCUACUAGCAGCGGGGGUGCCACUAGCAGCGG